CCACCUUACAACACAGAAGCGAAAUGGCCUGUUCUGCUCAGAUAAAGGAUAUUAUUGCCUGUGGGAAGCUUGGAGACUUAAUUGAAUUCUCAUAUCCCAUUGGUUUUUCACACUGGGGUGUAUAUGUGGGAACUGGUCGAGUGGUUCAUUUUGCAGUUGCAGAUGAAAAUGAACUGCAGAGGAGGUUUCGUGUGCACAUAUUAGAAAAAGUGUUCCCCUCGUGUGGGAGCAUUCUCCUGGGACGAACUAAAAUCCACCGCGAGCACCUGACUCAUGUCCCCGUGCCCAAAGGAGCACAGAUCAAAAUCAGCAAUGGUUGCCAUCACUAUCCAGCAUCCUCUAUCACAGAUAUGAGAUGGAGGCUGAAUGCAUUACUGGGCGAGGUGCUUGACUACAACCUGUUAUCACAGAAUUGUGAGCAUUUUGCCACAUUUGUCCGAUAUGGAGUGGCUGUGUGCAAUCAGAUACCACUACAUAAAGAUAAGGAGCAAAAGGAAACAACACAGUUUUUCCAGGAUAUCAUUACUCGGAAAUCUCUAAGUGUGAAAUUCUGAAACCACUGUACCAAGUAUUUGCACCCUUUUCUAGAUUUGCUUGUGUUGCAAAAUAGAGCUGCAACUUUCUUUAUAUGAAUCCACACAAGGUAACACAUUAUAUUAAUUACAUGUGGAUUAUCCUAAAUGGAAAUCUUUAAAAUCAUUGUUUUUGGAUAAAUAUAAUUAGUAAAAUGUUUUGCUUGAUUUCCUACAGAAAGAUUUUGAUGAAUUGUCAACUCACAGCAGGUGAGAUUUACUUUCUCUUAAAAAAAAAAAAAAAAAAAGAUUCAACAAGGUUCUACAGGAGCAGUUAAUAUCAUUCCAGAAUAUUUUUGGGGUAUAUUGCUAUUUGUUUCGGUAUGUUCAUUGGCAUACUAAAGUGUUCUUAAAAACACUUAAGUUUUACUAAUUAUGUGUAAUAUGAUGAUACUCAGAUAUAAAAUAAAAUAAUAAAUUCCACCAAAAAACAUUUUGAAUCAGUAAACACUUCCGGCAGUUAAAACCGUCCUUGUGGAAACAUAGGAAAAGUUCCGUUUGGUGUCCUGGUGUAUUUGAUUUACAUCUUUUAAAACACCAUAAUUACUUAUAUGACUUACUUAUUAAUUACUUAAGUAUAUAUUUUACCUUCUUGUCUUCAUGCUAUAUAUUGAGUAUUGUUUGACUAAUAAUAAACAAACAUUUGCAUAAAGCAUCUA